AUUAACAAGAAAAAAAUAAUGUCGGCGCCCCACCAUUCAUUAGACAAAGUCCCUGGCAAUUAUUUCAAUUAAGCGAUAAAAUAUAUAUUGCAUCACCUACUUGAGCUCUCCUCUGCCCGUCUGAGAUAGUAUAUGACCAGGUUUUGCGGGCAGCUGUUGUUUUUGGUUUGACCAAAUCUUUUUAACACUUUAAAGACAAUCUUGAAUAAUUCCAACUUUCUCCACCCCCCCCCCAUCUCCUUUUUUUUUGAAGGCCGAUUUGACAUUUCUGUGUUACUAUCAGAUUGAUGCGGAUAACUUUGAUUGAAAGCUUUUGUGAUGUAAAUGUCAGACCGAUGAUUGAUCACCCCAUGCAGUUCACUAACAUCAGGAGGUAUCUUGCCAUUGGUGGCUCCGGGGUCACGUGAGUGUCCUCUUGAGUGAUAUCGUUUGAUUGCUGGCGAACCAUGGAGGAAGUUUGCCCGGUGACAUAGUGCUUGGGGGUUUUCAGGGGCAGGGAGAAAGAAUCCUGAACAGGUUGGCCGUCCAUCACUAGCAGAUGGACAAUGCGAGGAUGAACUCUUUCUUAGAGUACGCAAUUUGUAAUCGUGGGACAAGCGCCUACUCAUCCAAGGGUUACCACCAUUCAGAACAAGGGGUAACAUCUUUCGCUCCGUGUGCAGAUAACGUUGACAAUUAUAAUGGUGAUGGACGAUACUUAGCAGGAGGAAACGCACACAACACACCUCAGCAUCAGCACCAGCCAGCGAGUUAUUUGCAUCAUUCCGACCUGCCGAAUCCAUAUACUAGCCCAGGCCCCAACAACUACACGGCGCAAACUUGCAACCCCGGCUACAACCACCAUUACUUUUUCACCCAGGAGUCGGACGGGGCGUACUUUCAAACCUCGGGGUACACGGGCACGAUAGCGGCUGCUGUCAAUCCGCUUUCCAGCGCUUACUGUGGCGCCGCGGGGCCGGGACAGUAUCAGCAUUCUUACGGCCCAGAGCAACAGGGCCUGGCAUUUGGAACUUAUGCUAAUCUCUCGCCAUCUCAAGAGGGAGAGAAAGAACGCACCUGCGCCUCAGAUUCAUCCUCUUCGGGCCAAACGUUUGACUGGAUGAAAGUAAGAAGGAACCCGCCCAAAACAGCCAAAAUCGCCGAUUAUGGACUAGCCGGGCAGGCGAGCACGAUCCGAACCAACUUCACCACGAAGCAGCUGACCGAGCUGGAGAAGGAAUUCCACUUUAACAAGUACCUAACCCGCGCGAGGAGAGUGGAGAUCGCGGCCACGCUCCAGCUCAACGAGACCCAGGUCAAGAUCUGGUUCCAGAAUCGCAGGAUGAAGCAGAAGAAGCGAGAGAAAGAAGGGUUCGCCCCCACUUUCCCGGUUUCCUCUGGCGGCGACGGAUCGGACAAGUCAACCACCACGUCGCCGUCCACUUCGCCCAGAUCCUCGUCUUGGGAGAAUAUCCACCCUUCUUAGCUCUCUGCCUUCCAAAGCAUAAACAACACCAAAGGGGAACAUGACUUAAAUUCCUUCCUUCUAGCUCAGUAACAAUAAUUGCCUUUCCUCAAGCUUGUAUUAAACUCAGGGAAACUUCCAAAAAAAAGAGAAAGAGAAUAUGCCAAGUUUGCACUUUCCACCUGUCUACGAUAUUUCCUAAUAUCACGAUAUUUUGUAAAUCACGUAUUUCGAUACCGACAGUUUUUUUCAUAUUGUCUAACCGGCUCUGAAUAUAUAUAUAUUUUUUUGAUGUGGUUUUGGUC